AUGUCAUUGACGGCGGUCGCGUCUUUGCAGCCGACAGCCUUCCGCCUCCUCCGACGCGUCGCCCCGCGAUCGUCCUCGGCCUCGGUCAGAUCGUUCGCGUCUCUGAGCGCGAAGCAGGGUGCCCAAACCGCGUGGAUCUCGCGCGCGCAUCCGAGCCGGCGACAGAGCUUCGGGUUCGUCCUCGCCGCCGCCGCCGCGUCCUCGCGCGACGUCUCGCACUUCUCGUCGUCCGUCGCGUUCGCGGGAUCGCGCGUCGAUCGCCUCUCGCACGCGCGUCAGCACCGCAGAGCGUUCGCGACGUCGACGAUCGUGAUGGCGUCCUCGGAGACGCACGACGCGAGGGUCGUGACGUACAACGUCUUGUCCUCGUCCCUGUGCGAGCCGACGUACUUCACGCACUGCGCCCCCGAGGAUCUCGACCCGCCGACGCGGCUGAAGAAGACGCUCGUCAAGCUCGAGGACGAGAUGAAGAAGGGCGCGGUGAUCGCGCUGCAGGAGGUGUCGCAGAAGUGGACGGGCGAGCUCCACGUGUUCUUCGCAAAGCGCGGGUACCACCUCGUGUCGUCUUUGUACGGGAAGCCGUUCAACGGGUACAUGGGCAUCGCGCUCGCGGUGCCGAUCGAUAAGUACGACGUCGUCAAGGUGGACAUCUCGCGGUGCAGCGACACGAAGCGUCUGCCGCGCGCGCCGAAACCGUCGAAAAUGAAGGAACUCCUCGUCGACAAACCGCUCGGGUUGUAUUACUUCCUGACGGGGAAGCGCGCGAAGCAAUCGGACUGGGCGCUCGCGCGCAAUCGGUUCAACACGAUCAUGUACGCGACGCUGAAGUGCAAGUCCAGCGGCGUGGAGUUUGGCGUCGCGAACUAUCACAUGCCGUGCAUGUUCCGAGACCCGCGGGUGAUGACGAUUCACUCGCAGCUCGCGGCGGCGUACGCGCAGAAGAUGGCCGGUUCCCUCCCCGUCGUCCUCAUGGGAGACUUCAACCUGAAACCCGGGGACGGCGGGUACGAUCUCAUCACCACGGGCGACAUCGAUGCCGCGCACGAGGCCGCGCCCGUCGCACCGGACGGAGAGACGUGGAGCACGGCGUUGACGUAUCCGAUGCGAAGCGCGUACCACGUCGCGACCGGCUCCGAGCCGGACUUCACGAACUUCGCGCAGAUCAAGGACGAUCCGCAGUUCAUCGACACGCUGGAUUACAUCUUCAUCUCCCCCACGGUUGACGUCGCGGAGGUGAUGCCGCUGCCACACAGGAGCGAGGUGAAGGGGCCGUUUCCGUCCGCGGUGGAGCCAAGCGAUCACAUCUUGCUCGCGGCGACGGUUCGUGUCCCGGGCAAGUGAGCGCGAGCGACGCGCCGCGCGCGCGGACGAGGGCGACGAUAAGGUUAGGUAUACAUGUAUAUGGCAUGUGUGUGUAGGCGUGUUGUCAACGAAAUCUAUCAUUGGUAUCU